GAGGUCGAUCCUUCCAACAGUGCGCCAGUGUUGACCGCAAAAAAACUGAAGGACAGCGUCGAGGCCCAGCGUGUGGUGGAGUUCUAUGCCAAGGAUUGUCCACAUAGCCAGGCCUUAGAGCCAAUCUGGAAGUCGGCAGAGAAGGAUUGGAAAGCAGCCAACCAUGAUGCAAAGUUGAUUUGGCAGCAGAAGGAAUGCUACACCACAGAUUGGAAGAAAGGGAAAGACUUCAAGGAGUGCCAGGAGGAAGGCAUCGAGUCGUUUCCCACCAUCAAGUACUACUACGGCAAGAAGGAUCAGUUUGGUGAGGAGAUCCUGGAACAUAGCGACAAAGACCGGCUCUUGGACUUCGUCGAGAGCCGAGCGGAUCCCCAGGCUUGGGAUCAGAAGACUGCAGCCUUCGGACUUACGCCGGAGCAAGAAGAUGCAGGUUUGAGUGCAUCUUGGGGUGAUGGACAAUACAUGCAGCCGGCCGUUCGCUAUGGUGGUGGCCGGGUCGUGGAUUACUUCUCCCAAGACUGUGUGCAUUGCAAGCACCUGAAGCCAGUGUGGAAGAACGCACAGCACAUGUGGGCUGAGAAGCAUCCCGGUGCAAAGAACGUGGAGUGGGAGGAGAAGGAGUGCUUCGGAGCACGAUGGGAGCCUGGGAAGGACUAUGGUGAGUGCCAGACGCAGGGCAUUCAUAGCUUCCCCACGGUGCGGUUCCAUCCCUACAACUCGGAGGACUUCGAGGACUUCACCGCUCAACGCACCGCCAAGAACUUGUUGAACUUUGUGGAAGACCGGGCGCAAGCCCCCGAUGGGGCGGAUGCAGCAGUUCCGCCGGCCGCACCAGCGGAAGUGCCAGCGCCUGUGGUGGCAGCCAAGGCGCCGUCUGAGGUGAAGCACACGGAUGCGACUCAUGAAAGUCAUGAGAAGCACGCGCCUCAGGAGCCGCAUGAGUCGCAUGAGGCUGACAGAGUCCCGGCCGAGUCCGAGUCCAUCAAGAAGCCCACGAGUCCGUCGAUGAAGGGUGAGGUCGCCAAAGUGGCUGCGCAGGUCGAUGAUCUGAAAGGACCUGAGCAGGCCAUGCUGCCCUUGCCAGCGCCCUUUGCACCUCCCGUCCAAUGCAGACGUUUGAAGGACUUCCUUUGAGCGUUUAGCCGGAGAGAGGACACGCAGGUUCGUCAAAAAAAAGCGCAGGUUCGCCUUUGAUCGUGUUCCUCCGAAGAAGACCAAUGAAAAGAUCAAGGAGCACACCAAUGUGCACAGAAGAUGAAUAUCACCCCGCCUGAAGAUGGAAUGGCCAGGAUUUGAUGUUUUUGCAUUGUAGAGUCGGUUUCCGUGGGAAACAUGUGUUUGCUGCUUCUCGCUUCCAGAGCGUUGCACAAAAGUGCAACAAACUUUAAGAAUGUUU